CGGUAUAUUUCUUAGGGUCAGGCGGCGCUGUCACACUGCCGGUCACAAUUUUUGUAAACAAAGCGAGAUAAGGAACAAUAUUCAUGAAAAUUGGUGUAAUUAGCGCACCUUCAAAAUGUCAAAAGCUGAAGAUGUUACUCUACCUGUGAGUGGAAAGAGUCCCAAGUUGAAGACAGAUGAUCAAGCCGCGGCUGAUAUGAAAGACAGUUCAUUGGAUGAAAUAGCUGAAAGCACGCGGGACAUACAGCGUAAAUUAAAAAAUAUGGAAGCCAUGGAUACAAGCAUUAAAUACGAGAACACCGACAGUGUUGAUACUGUCCCGUUUAAUCGCAACGAAGGAAACACAGACAGUGUAGACACUGUGCUAUUUAAUCCAAACGAAUCAAAUGCCACCGAGAAGACCGACCCUGCAGCUGAAAAGGCGGGCAUGGAAUCGCAGGAAAUGAUGGAAGUCGAUGGCUCCUCAUCUGAUUCGACCACAAAUGAGCGAAUGAGUGCAUCUAAAGAGAAGCGGAGGAAGAAAAUGAAGGAGAGGCGGGCAUCGCAAGCCAGCAAGAAGGAGCCAGCCCCGAAGAUGGACUGGCGGCGGAAUCUGCGUACUCACAUCUCCAAUAUGUACAUGAAGUCGGAGAACCGUCUGCCGGGCGCAUGUGUGCCCAAGUGUCUGCAAAAUACGAAGGAAUGCGUGGACAAACAUCGCGUUGCCAUGCUGCCGGAUGUGCCAAACUUUAUGAUGGCGGAAGAUCUGAAGAUGACGCUGAAUGGCCACCACUAUGACACGUUCCUGGACAUGCUGGAGAUGAUGGCGCUGCAGGGUGUGUACCCGGGAGAUGGUGUCCUCGACCGGCUCGUUGAGAUGGCCAUGAUUCUGGUUGCCAAAGAGAUGAGUGUCAGGGAGCUGGCGAGAACCUAUGGCAAGAUUAUACGCACCUUCUUUCUCCUGGUCGAUGCCUUUCCGCCCUGCUGGACAUGCUUGCGCCCAUAUUACUUGAAUUUACUGGGCGUCCCCAACACGGCAACUCGUAGCGGACGCUCCGACAUUGCGCCGCAAAAGUUGAAAUUGUAUCUGAAUCUUCUGGAGGAGCUCUUGCCGCAAUGCAGCGAUAAGGAAAUCCGCGGGCACACAAGGCCCUAUGAGGAGCACGUGUUCAAUUUCUCGGAGGAGGAAGAUCUAGACAUGUCACAGGAGACGGUAUUCCUGAAGCAUGUGCAGGAAUACGACUGGGCCAGUGGCAAACUCUGUCUGGAUGACUUCAAGACUCUGUCGCCUGGGGCGCGCCUGUCGCGUAUCUGCGAUGUGCUGAACAUGCUCUGCUGGGUCCUGGAAAUGGAGUUCCUCUCCUGGCUGGACCACAACCGUUUGCGCCAGUCCGAGACAGAGAUGUUCAAUGAGGAGACAAAGCCCUUUGCCAUUCAUGUCUUUGGAAUGUCGGCAACAGUGCGGCUCACGGAUAUUGUGCGCCAAGUGAUGCGUUUGUUCGGCUUGGCGGCAGCAAAGUCCCUGUACCCCGAUCGCCUACGCAUACUGCAUCGCCUCAUCUCUCUCGUUGUGGAAGUCAGCAACACGGCUGAGCUCAAGUACGUGGAUAACACUGUGACCUACCCGAAUAUGGGGCCGCAGACCCGCCUGCUCAUUGCCGAGUUCUUUAAGAUAUUCAAGACACAGAAUCCCCAGCACAUCAGCACCUACAUCAAGAGCAUUCCGCUGCUGGAGCAGCCGUAUCUUCGCUUCGAGUUCACGGAUCACUUUCUGCAGCUCUUUUACUUCCCCAGAAAUGUGGCAUUCGGGCCAAAGAAGGUAAGCGAUGAGUUCAACGACAGGCAGUGGGUGAAAUACAAGCCAAGGAGUGAGAUCGAGGACGACGACGAUGAGCAGUUGUCGCGGGAGGAUUAUCUGAAUUUACUCUUGAACGCCCUCAAGGACUAUGACAAAUGGAUGAAUCUGGAGGGCUUUUGGAAGUUUAUGAAGGGCAAGGAACAGGUGCAGCCAUUGCAGACCAGGACCAGCAGCCCACUGGCCACUCCGGUGGGGAUUGUUACUGGCGAAACGUUCAAGGUCUUCGAUCUGGGCGAAAUGGAAAAGGAAGUGCCCACCUGGAAGAAGCGCCUCAACACCAAGGUGAUUGUGGGCAGGCCCAUGGUGAAUUUGCCAGUGGCCAGAAUCAACUUGCCCGAGCUGAGCGUUCGCUACAGCAACGAUGUGCGCUACAUACGCUACCUGCGGCGUGUGCUCGUCAAGGAAGUGCAGCCGGAAAUCGAUGUAUCCGAUUGGCUGGACUAUCUCAAUGGAUUCCUGUGCGACGACGAGCCACAAUCACAGCCGGCAUCGCCACGAUCCUCACCAGGGGCGGACUCGGAUGAAGCCCAGAGUGGUGUCCCCUAAGCCCAAGUAUUAUUUAAGCGUUAAUCAAACCAAAAGUUGUAAUUAUGAAAUUUGUUACUGAAGGGAAGCGCUGAGCGAUGAUCCAUUGUGAAGAAUAUAAAAAUAAUGCAUUUAA